GCUGUUAUACAUUCAAAAGCAAAGUCCAAGCUCUGCCUUUUUCAGGCUCUGUGCUUCUCUAAGCUAGGAACCCGGAGGAGGAUUGAUCAUUUCUUGCAGCGCUAAAAACCAUGGCUCAGAGAUCAGUGAUGUUCAGGGAUGUUGCCAUUGACUUCUCUCAGGAAGAGUGGGAAUACCUGGACUCUGCUCAAAGGGAUUUGUAUAGAGAUGUGAUGUUGGAGAACUAUAGUAACUUGGUGUCACUAGUAGACUUGCCUUCAAGGAGUGCAAAUAAGGAUUUAUCUCCAAAAAAGGACACUUAUGAAACAGAAUUAUCCCAAUGGGAAAUGAGUGCCAGGCUUGAAAACUGUGACCUUGAGGAGUCCAGUUCCAGAGAUUAUUUGGAAGUCAGAGGCACAUUGGAAAAGCAACAAGAAAAUCAGGAGGAAUAUUUCAGGCAAGGGAUGAUCAUAUAUGAAAAAAUGUCCAUUUUCAAUCAGCAUGCUUACUUAUCUCAACAUCCUAGGUGUCAUUCUACUGAGAAACCCUAUAAAUGUAAGGAAUGUGGGAAGGCUUUUAGACGAGCUUCACACCUAACUCAACAUCAUAGUAUUCAUACUGGUGAAAAACCCUAUGAAUGUAAGCAAUGUGGGAAGGCCUUUAGUCGUGAUUCACAGCUCAUUCUUCAUCAGAGACUUCAUACUGGUGAGAAACCCUAUGCAUGCAAGGAAUGUGGGAAGGCCUUUACUCAGAGCUCACAACUUAUUUUACAUCAUAGAAUUCAUACUGGUGAAAAACCGUAUAAAUGUGAAGAAUGUGGGAAGGCCUUUAUUCGUAGCUCACAACUCACCCGACAUCAAAAAGUCCAUACUGGUGAGAAACCUUAUGAAUGUAAAGAAUGUGGGAAGGCCUUUACUCAGAACUCACAACUUACUCUGCACCAGAGACUUCAUACUGGUGAGAAACUCUAUGAAUGUAAAGAAUGUAGAAAGGUCUUUACUCAGCUCUCACAACUUAUUCUGCAUAAGAGAAUUCACACUGGUGAAAAGCCUUAUGAAUGUAAGGAAUGUGGGAAAGCUUUUAUUUGUGGCUCACAGCUUUCUCAACAUCAGAAAAUUCACAAUGGGGAAAAGCCAUAUGAAUGUAAGGAAUGUGGAAAGGCCUUUAUUCGUGGCUCUUUGCUUAUGCAACAUCAGAGGAUUCAUACUGGUGAAAAGCCCUAUAAAUGUGAAGAAUGUGGGAAAGCCUUUAUCCGUGGCUCACAACUUACUCAACACCAGAGAAUUCAUACCAAUGAGAAGCCCUAUGAAUGUAAGGAAUGUGGAAAGACCUUUAGUCAUGGCUCACAACUUACCCAACAUCAGAGAAUUCAUACUGGUGAGAAACCCUAUCAAUGUAAGGAAUGUGGAAAGGCUUUUAAUCGUGGCUCACUCCUUACUCGACAUCAAAGGAUUCAUACUGGUGAAAAACCUUAUGAAUGUAAAGAAUGUGGAAAGACAUUUAGUCGUGGCUCAGAACUUACUCAACAUGAGAGGAUUCACACUGGUGAGAAACCCUAUGAAUGUAAGGAAUGUGGGAAGUCUUUUAUUCGUGGCUCACAGCUUACUCAACAUCAGAGAAUUCAUACUGGUGAGAAACCAUAUGAAUGUAAAGAAUGUAGAAUGGCCUUUACUCAGAGUUCACAUCUUUCUCAACAUCAGAGACUUCAUACUGGUGAAAAACCGUAUGUAUGUAAUGAAUGUGGGAAGGCCUUUGCUCGUGGCUUACUCCUCAUACAGCAUCAGAGAAUUCAUACAGGUGAGAAACCGUAUCAGUGUAAGGAAUGUGGGAAGGCCUUUAUUCGUGGUUCACAACUUACUCAACAUCAGCGAAUUCACACUGGAGAAAAGCCUUAUGAAUGCAAGGAAUGUGGGAAGGCCUUUAGUCAUGGCUCUCAACUUACUUUACAUCAGAGAAUUCAUACUGGUGAGAAGCCCUAUGAAUGCAAAGAAUGCAGAAAAGCAUUUACUCAGAGCUCACAUCUUUCUCGACAUCAGAGAGUUCAUACUGGUGAGAAACCCUAUCAAUGUAAGGAAUGCGGGAAGGCCUUUACUCAACAAACAAAACUCAAACAACACCUGAGAAUUCAUACUGGAGAGAAACCUUAUGAAUGUAAGAAAUGUAGAAAAGCUUUCAGCCAGAAGGAAAAACUCAUUAAACAUCAUAAAAUUCAUAGUAGGGAGCAGGCUUACGAAUGUAAUGAAUGUGGGAAAGCUUUCAUUAAAAUGUCAAAUCUCAUUAGACAUCAAAGAAUUCACACUGGGGAGAAACCCUAUGCAUGUAAAGAAUGUGGGAAAUCCUUCAGCCAGAAAUCAAAUCUCAUUGAUCAUGAAAAAAUUCAUACUGGAGAGAAACCAUAUGAAUGUAAUGAGUGUGGGAAAGCAUUCAGCCAGAAGCAAAGCCUCACUGCACAUCAGAAAGUUCAUACCGGGGAGAAACCUUAUGCAUGUAAUGAAUGUGGUAAAGCCUUCCCUCGAAUUGCAUCCCUUGCUCUUCAUAUGAGAAGUCAUACAGGAGAAAAACCUUAUAAAUGUGAUAAAUGUGGAAAAGCCUUCUCUCAGUUUUCCAUGCUUAUUAUACAUGUAAGAAUUCAUACAGGUGAGAAACCCUAUGAAUGUAAUGAAUGUGGAAAAUCCUUCUCUCAAAGUUCAGCCCUUACUGUACAUAUGAGAAGUCAUACUGGUGAAAAACCUUAUGAAUGUAAGGAAUGUAGAAAAGCCUUCAGCCACAAGAAAAACUUCAUCACACACCAGAAGAUUCAUACUAGAGAGAAACCUUAUGAAUGUAAUGAAUGUGGGAAAGCUUUCAUUCAGAUGUCAAAUCUUGUUAGACACCAGAGGAUUCACACUGGAGAAAAACCCUACAUAUGUAAGGAAUGUGGCAAAGCCUUUAGCCAGAAAUCAAAUCUCAUUGCCCAUGAAAAAAUUCAUUCUGGAGAGAAACCCUAUGGAUGUAAUGAAUGUGGUAAAGCCUUCAGCCAAAAGCAAAACUUUAUUACACAUCAGAAAGUUCACACUGGAGAGAAACCUUAUGAUUGUAAUGAAUGUGGUAAAGCCUUUUCUCAAAUUGCAUCCCUUACUCUUCAUCUGAGAAGUCACACAGGAGAAAAGCCUUAUGAAUGUGAUAAAUGUGGGAAAGCCUUCUCUCAGUGCUCAUUGCUCAAUUUACAUAUGAGAAGUCAUACUGGUGAGAAGCCUUAUCAUUGUAAUGAGUGUGGUAAGGCUUUUAGCCAAAAGUCACACCUUGUUAGACACCAGAGAAUUCAUACUCAGUAGAAAUAGAAACACUAUGAAUAUUGUGAAGAUGGAAAAGCCUUCAGAAUUAGCACCUCCUUUCACAAUACAUAAUCGGUUCUAGAGCAGAAAACUAUGAAUGUGGAAAGCCUUUGGAAGAAGUCACAUAAUUGUGAAACAUGAGAAUUCUUACACAACGUGACAAAUUGUGUAAUGAAUAAACUGAACAUCAAAAACCUUCGUAGACCUCUAUUGAUAUUUAUUCAGCAUUCUUAUUAAAAUAUGAAACAAGAUAUCUGCUACCAGCAUAUCAGCAUCACAGUUGAGCUCCUAACCUAGCCACUGUAUUAAGAAAAAGAAGAUUGGGGGAAAAAGAGAGAAACUAUAGAAAUAUCCUCUUACACAAGAAAGAGUUAAUUCAAAAAUGUGUUGAUAUAAAAUGUCUAAGGAUAAACACAACAGUAAUUACAAGACACACACAUAUAAAGUUACAAAACAUUUUGAAGGGCACAAAUAGGACCUGAAAUUUUGAGAAAAAUAACAUUGUCUGAAAACACAUUUCAAAAAUAUAAAUUCCUAAGUCUCUAAGGUACUUCCACUCAAAAGUUUUCACUAAAUUUUAAGAAUUUCACAAACUGAUUUAAACUUUUAUAUGAGAAUAUAAAGGGCCACAAAUAGCUGAAACAAGUGAAAAACAGAAGACACAGUCUACCAGAUAGCAUCACAUAUUUAUUUAAAGCUGGUGUGUCUAAAUAAUGUGUUCCUGUUAAGUAAAUAAAUCAGUGGAAACAAAACAAGGAUUGAAGAAAGAUAAUGGAAAUUUGUGUAUGGUAUUGCUGUUGAAGUCACUGGAGAAAGAAUGGCCUAUUGAAUAAAUGGAAGAGUCAUAUGAACAAAAAUGAUAGCUCUCUACUCUAUACCAUAUCCAAAAAUAAAAUCCAGGUAGAUUGAAGACCAGAAUAUAAAAAGCAAAAUUCUAAAA